AUGACGGAUCGAUUCGACGGCGUGCUGCUGAGCAUUGCCUCGCAGUGCGAUGGCAUUGAUGACCUGCUUGAGGUCUUCUUCUCAUUUCUGGGUCGAAAAACCGACUUUUUUACGGGUGCUGCGGCUGCCGAUGCCCGCAAGGCUGUGAUGGGCAAAUUUGAGCAGCAUUUGAAGGCUGCCCAGCGUCGCCGUGCCGAGGAGACGGGCGAGCCUGAGCCUCAGCCCGAACCAGUAGAGGAUGUGUCCUCCAAGCCACGCAUCGAAGAAGUGACUGAUGAAGAGGCUGCCCGCAUCGAAGCUGCGGCUGCUAAGAAGAAGUCGGGCACGAGUGGCGCGUCAGUCAAAUCGACAGCAUCGGCCCCCGCCCCCAAAAAGCCGGCAGCCAAUGCCUCGGCUGCCCCAGCCGUGGAGGAGCUCUCAGGCAUGGACUCUGGCGAUGAGGAUGAUGAAGCGGGCAAGGACAAGCUCAAGCCCAACAGUGGUAACGGUGCCAACAUGCCCACAUAUUCCUGGACACAAAGCCUUACGGAUGUGGAUGUUCGCAUUCCGCUCAACGUGAGCUUCAAGGCCCGUGGCAAGGAUUGUGCCGUCGACUUGACAAAAACCAGCCUCAAGGCAGGUUUGAAAAACGCACCUAGCCUUCUUGGUGGCGAGCUCUAUGCUCCGAUCAAGGUGGACGACAUGGAGUCCACUUGGACACUUGACAACAACACUCUCAACAUUCAUCUGGAGAAGGUUGAGGGCAUGACCUGGUGGCCCUCUGUCAUCAAGGGCGAGCCGGAGAUCAAUACGAAGAAAGUCAAGCCGGAAAACUCCAAGCUCUCGGAUUUGGACGAUGAAACCCGGGGGAUGGUGGAAAAGAUGAUGUUUGAUCAACAACAGAAGCAAAUGGGCAAACCAACGUCGGAUGAGCAGAAGAAGCUGGAUAUGUUGGAAAAGUUCAAAAAGGCCCACCCCGAGAUGGACUUUUCCAAUGUCAAGAUGGCAUGAGUAGCAUGCGUUCAGCGACAUUUGAACUGCGCCACGCACAACAAACCUGCGCUUCCCAUCAAUACAGCGCCAUAGCACA